CAAAAUGUCGUCGAUUGCAAGCAGCCUGAGCAUCAUUAUGCUGCUGCUGCUGCUGCCUUGCCACUGCCUGACAGCGAGCAGCGGCGAACGUGUACACAUCAGACUGCAUAUGCCGGAAGUUGUGCGUAAGCACACGCAUUUCCACAAUGUCUACAAGCAUGUGCCAGUGCCAGCGCCAGCACCACCCAAGAAAUUCUCAGCAGUCAAGCCGCAUGUAUCGCUGCUGGGCUACACUACAUCAGCGACUGGCUCGGGCGCAUUAGCGCCCAGUCUCAUGCAGCUAAUGGCAACAGCAGCCACGCCCAUGCACAACUACGGACCAGCCUUCAAUUUGCUGGCCACCGCGUCUGCGGCAAGCGGCUCCAAGCAGCGUCAGCAGCUUUUGCAGCAAAUCUUUACGCCCAACAUAAUGGCGGCCAUUACGGCAGCUCAGCAGGCCAAGGACGAGGCAAGCUUAAGCAAUUUAGCAUCCGACGCGUCGUCGGAACAACCGGAAUUGGAACAAAAUACGCUACUCAAUGCCAACUUUUUGGCUGCGCUGCAACGCGAAUACUUAAGCAAGUUCACUGGCCAACGCAAGCGCAAGAAAACAAAUUAUUUAACGCAGCGCCGCCCGCAGCUGCAACUGCAACAGGCACUGCAUCACUCCCAUCAUAAUCAUGUGCAGCAUGUGGCAAGUGACGAGCAAUUUGAUGAUUACCAGGAAGAGCCAAAUGCUGUGGAUGAUGAGCCCUUGGAGGAGCUGGAGCUCGAUGUGGAUAAUGCAAGUGGCUAUGACAGCGCUGCCGCAUUCAGUGGCCAAAAUAAUGCCCUAAUGUCUAUGCCCAGUGUGGAUGAGUUCAUGAGUGAUGUGGCUGACAAUUCGUAUGCCCCAUACUAUGGCAACAGCUAUGAUGACUACGCAGCCACUGCCAACAACUACAGCAAUUCGUACGACUCGUGGCAAACAGCGCCAGCCUAUGCGCGGCCCACAAAAGCCACGCCCACCAAAUCGAGGUCACAGCCACGACGACCGCAUUCGGAUUUGGACUCGAGUACAGUUGGCACGGGUAAAAUGCGUUAUGUCAAGUUGACAGCGCGCAAGAAACGAAAGAAUCGCAUCAAGUCCAAGCGAUAUCGUCUUUAG